AUGGGGCCGCCGCCCGGGGCCGGGGUCUUGUGCCGCGGCGACUGCGGCUUUUCCCGAUUGCUGGCGUGGUGCUUCCUGCUGGCGCUGAGCUCCCAUGCCCCCGGCUCCCGGGGAGCCGAGGCAGUGUGGACCGCGUACCUCAACGUGUCCUGGCGGGUUCCGCACACCGGAGUGAACCGCACAGUGUGGGAGCUGAGCGAGGAGGGCGUGUACGGCCAGGAUUCGCCGCUCGAGCCUGUGGCUGGGGUCCUGGUGCCGCCCGACGGGCCGGGGGCGCUCAACGCCUGUAACCCGCACACGAAUUUCACGGUGCCCACGGUCCCAGGGGACUGGGGAAGCACCGUGCAGGUCUCUUGGUUGGCCCUCAUCCAGCGCGGCGGGGGCUGCACCUUCGCCGACAAGAUCCAUCUGGCUUACGAGAGAGGGGCGUCUGGAGCCGUCAUCUUUAACUUCCCGGGGACCCGCAAUGAGGUCAUCCCCAUGUCUCACCCGGGUGCAGGAGACAUUGUUGCAAUCAUGAUUGGCAAUCUGAAAGGCACAAAAAUUCUACAAUCUAUUCAAAGAGGCAUACAAGUAACAAUGGUCAUCGAAGUAGGGAAAAAACAUGGCCCUUGGGUGAAUCACUAUUCAAUUUUCUUCGUUUCUGUGUCCUUUUUUAUUAUUACGGCAGCAACUGUGGGCUAUUUUAUCUUUUAUUCUGCUCGAAGAUUACGGAAUGCAAGAGCUCAAAGCAGGAAACAGAGACAAUUAAAGGCAGAUGCUAAAAAAGCUAUUGGGAGGCUUCAACUACGUACACUGAAACAAGGAGACAAGGAAAUUGGCCCUGAUGGAGAUAGUUGUGCUGUGUGUAUUGAACUAUAUAAACCAAAUGAUUUGGUGCGCAUCUUAACCUGCAACCAUAUUUUCCAUAAGACAUGUGUUGACCCUUGGCUGUUAGAACACAGGACUUGCCCCAUGUGCAAAUGUGACAUACUCAAAGCUUUGGGAAUUGAGGUGGAUGUUGAAGAUGGAUCAGUGUCUUUACAAGUCCCUGUUUCCAAUGAAACAUCAAAUAGUGCCUCUCCUCAUGAAGAGGAUAAUCGCAGUGAGACUGCAUCGUCUGGCUAUGCUUCUGUUCAGGGAGCAGAUGAACCACCUUUAGAAGAACAUGUGCAGUCAGCAAAUGAAAAUCUCCAGCUGGUAAACCAUGAGGCAAGUUCCAUGGCAGUGGAUGUUGUUCCUCAUGUUGACAACCCAACCUUUGAAGAAGAUGAAACUCCUGAUCAAGAGACUGCUGUUCGAGAAAUUAAAUCAUAAAAUCUGUGUCAAUAGAAAACUUGAAACUUUAGUAAUAACAGAACUGCCAAUCAGGGCUAGUUUACUAUUAAUGAACUGGAUAAACUUAAUUAAAUAAGAAUGAUACUGAAAGUGCUGAGAUGACUACUAUAAUGCUAUAGUUAAAUUACUUAAAAUAUUUAAUCUAUUAACUUUUUUCCACAAACUCAUAAUGUUUUUCAUAGGCAAGUGUCCUCUCGAUAGUGAUAGCAACAUUUUUAAACAUUUAAAACUCUCUUCAAGUAGUCAUGUUUUUCAUUUAUAACAAUUUUCUUACAAAAACAUGUUGCUUUUAAAAUGUGGAGUAGCUGUAAUCACUUUAUUUUAUGAUAGUAUCUUAAUUAAAAAUACUACUAUUUUAGCUUGGGCUAUCUGUGUCAGGGUUUUUCUCCAGGUGCUUAUAUUGAUCUGGAAUUGUAAUGUAAAAAGCAAUGCAAACUUAGGCUAGUACUUCAUGAAAUGUCUCUUUAGGCUACAUUAAGUUGAUAGAACAAGAUUAAAGCAAAGUAUUCAUUUUAACAAUUUCUUGUUUUUAAAAAUUAGGCUAAAUGUACUUCAUGUGAGUGUUGAGCAUAGUUUAUCAGAGAAUAUGGACUGGACUGGAUUGAUUGGUAUAUUAAUGACACCAAUUUGACAUAAGAUUAUAGACAAAAAGAUUCUUUAUAAAAAUGCUGUAUAACUAUUCCUCAAAAUUAUGGGAUUUUCAAAAGCAGAGUAUAUAAAUUAUACUAUUUGAAAAUGAUAAUGAGUAAGUCACACAAAAAUUGGUAAUUGAUCUUUGUGUAUGAAUUUGUCUGCAGAAAUCAUUCUGUAGAAAAUGUUUUCCAAACAAUGUCAACUUUGAAAAUUGAGUUUAUAUUUUACCUAAAUGGGCUAAAAUUACAUUAGGUAAACAAAAAUUCUGUCCAUAUAGCUAUAAAUUUUGUGAACACAUUUUCUUGGUGUUUGAAAAAGAAUUGGGGGGGGGGGAGAAUUCCAGGUGCCUUAAUAUAAAGUUUGAAGCUUUCAUCCACCAAAGUAAAAUAGAGCUACUUAAAAAUGCACUUUAUUUGUAUUCUGUGUGGCUUAUCGUGGUUUUAAAGUUAUGUUUCCAGUGCAAAUUCCAGCAGAAUUUAGGCAAAAGCUGAACAGACAUGUAUUUUUGUUUGCUAAAUGUAGAAUGGACAAAACCAUUGCAUUCUUGUACACUGAUUUGAAAUGCUGUAAAUAUUUCCCGAUUUGUAUUGAUUCUCUUUAAAUAUAAAAUGUAAAUAAAAUAUUCCAAUAAAAG